AAGUCAAAAACAAAAUGAGAUGAGUUAAUUUAUUUUAUAAUUUUCUAUGAUUCAUGUUCACGAUCACUUUACAAACAAGUCGAUUGUAUUACUCAUCAUAGAAUAAUUUUAUAUCAAUAGUUUUUUGUUAAUUUCAUAGUGCGUGGUCACGAACAAAAUGUUUUCAACAAAUCCCAAUUACACUAAGCUAAAAACUCAUUUGAGAUUAGCUAUAAAUCGGCUCAAGUUAUUAGAGAAGAAAAAGACCGAAUUAGCUCAGAAAGCACGGAAGGAAAUAGCCGAAUAUAUCGCAGCUGGAAAAAGUGAACGUGCUAAAAUUCGUGUGGAACAUAUAAUAAGAGAGGAUUACAUGGUGGAGGCAAUGGAGAUAGUGGAAAUGUACUGUGAUCUGAUACUUGCGAGGUUUGGGCUGGUCACACAGAUGAAGGAACUGGACGAGGGCCUGGGUGAAGCCAUCUCCAGUCUCAUAUGGGUCGCUCCAAGGAUGCACACGGAUGUUCAGGAACUCAAGAUAAUAUCAGACCUGCUAACAGUGAAGUACGGCAAAGUGUAUGCGGACGCUUGCAGGAGUGAGAGUGUGAACACAAUAAGUGAAAAAUUGAGGCACAAGAUGUCAGUGCAGAGUCCACCCAAGAUACUUGUUGAGAAGUAUCUCAUUGAAAUAGCUAAGAACUAUAAUGUUGCGUAUACACCUGAUGAACAGGUCAUGCGUGAGGAAGAAGCUAGAGACGCGAUGCUGAUAGACAUCAACGGGCCGCCCAAUCCGCCCGGCUUCAUCGGCUACCCGCAACCGCCCCAGUUGCCGCAAAUGCCCAGCCUGCCGCCGCCCACCGUCACACCCUUCAACUAUCCAUCGCAACCUUCGGGGGGCAAGGCGGGCGGAUUCAUCGCAACGCACCCAACGUACGGUGGGCCCAGCUCACCCAUGAACUACAACAUGCCGCCCGGCGUCGACUCCAAGUCUAUGAACAACAGCUUCUUGCAGGAGGAAAUGCACAACCUACCUCCCGCUUAUGACAGCAUUGCGCAUGACACGCCUUCACACGUCCCAACUCCAUAUGUGCAACCACACGUGCCGACUCCACACGCCCCGACCCCACAGCCGCGCGCCCGACCGCCGAACGCGACCAAUUACUUCCCCGAACUACCCGAGCUGCCGUCCGUGCCCUCCGACCUCAUCCUCCCCUCCGUGCCUCAGAGCAACAACUCCAACACGACCAACGACGGCAACGCUCCCGACGAGAUCGACUUCGACGAGCUGAACCGACGGUUUGAGGAGUUGAAGAAGAAGAAAUGAUUUACUUGUAAUCUCUAUUUACAAAUACAUUAUUAUAUUAUGUUAAAAUAUAAAGGCACGUUUAUUGGUGAUGUUUUGGGUAAAUUUUGAUGUAUAAUUUUUGGAGGCACUAAAAUAUUGGCUCAUGAGUACCUACAUUAAAUCAAAAACGGAAUUGACUCUCUAAACUAACUACGAGUAAACUUUUCUAUCGUUCUAUACAUGGGUGCUCGAAAGUAUUUCCUAUAAAAACAGGGUGCUCUGGAGUAUUUCCUAUAAAUACAGGUUGCUCGGGAGUAUUUCCUAUAAAUACAGGUUGCUCGGGAGUAUUUCCUAUAAAUACAGGUUGCUCGGGAGUAUUUCCUAUAAAUACAGGUUGCUCGGGAGUAUUUACCAUAACUUCAAGGUGUUGACGAGUCCACUUACAGGAGCCGAACUGCAAGUACUAAUAUUUUUUCAUACAAAGUAAUUCAAAUAAUUCCGACUAUCCAUGUAACAGGGUAAUUUUUUCUAUCCUUGCAUUUUAAAAUGUGUCAAACUUGGUUACGUCAUAAUUAUAAGGAUGCGUAUAUGGGAUGCGUUUUUACAUCUAUUUACAAAAGAAAUCGUAUUUACCCCGAAAGUAUUAAUUUUGGAAUACAUGUUCCCUGAACAUUUUAACUUACUUUUUGGUAAAGAAUAUAACCCCUGAGUUAUGGGAAAUACUCCCGAGCACCCCGUAUAAUCAAGGUAUUACCGGGACCACUUAUAGGAACCAAAUUGCAUAUACUUUAUUAAAUCCAAAAAAACAAAAUAAUUUUUCCAUAUAAAGUAAUUCAACAUAACUGCUGUCGCCGCGCGGUUCCAUCCACGUGGCUCCCGGUCCCGUAGGAAUACGGGGAUAAUAUAUUAUAUAGCUUAUAGCCUUCCUCGAUAAUUGGGCUAUCUAACACUUAAAAAAAAUUUUCAAAUCUGACCUGUAGUUCCUGAGAUUAGAGCGUUCAACCAAACAAAGAAACAAACUCAGCAGCUUUAUAAUAUUAUUUAUUGAUAAUAUUUUCCUAGCAUAUUUUGAAUUAACUUUUUUUUAAGAAUAUAACCCUAGAGUUAUGGGAAAUACUUCCGAGCACCCUGUAUACAGGUAAAAUGCAAUACAUGCAUGUAUCUUUGCUUAUCAUACAAUCCAUGCAGUAUGUAUUGUAAAUAGCGUUUGUGCCUUAAUUAUGUUAUGUACUUGUAUGAAAUAGCAUUCAUACUUUAUGUCCCUGUAAUUACACCAUAAACCAUACUACCAUAACCAAAGAUUUUAUACUAUUAGAUAUGUCACUAAUGUGUCGAAACUUUGGCCGACAAUUGUCUUAAUUUCAUAUAGUCGCAUUGAAAACAACGAACGUUAUCUAAACUAAUAAUGUCUACAAUGUCGAGUUGUGUGUUCAGGAAGUGUAAAAACUAUGAAUAUAAACUGUAAGUAAACACAAAAUUGCGCAUGUGUGCGCUCAGUGAAGUAGUAAAAUCCGGAUCACUCUUUCCGGUGUAUGAAGUAGUAAAAUCAUUGUAUUUGUAGGCACGUAACUUAUCUAUAGUAGAAAAUCUUUGACCAUAAACAUAAAUACCAUUCAAAUGAAACGAUCGAUGCUCCUUGACGUUUGAAAGCUAAAUGCGACAGUUUAUAUAAAUAGCAGACCGCUUACGACAUUUCACUCGCGCAGUUCCCAUUCCAGUGGGAAUAUCUUCUCGAACCACGGCGCGUUUGGAGCCUUCGUAUGUAUUUCAAGUUUUCGACUAAUUAUUAUCACCAUUAUUUAAUAAUAUUAGUAAUAUAUUACUUGACCUUUCGAAUGUGCUUGUAAAUUGAAACCUUAUUGAAUAAACGAAUUUGGAGUUUUAAAUACAAAAUAAAUAAUAUGUUACUCGCUGAUAAUGUAGCUUUCCAUUGAAGAAUCUGCCCAUAAGUUACUGAGAGUAUUUGUCACAAACAAACAAAAAAUCAAGUGUACCUCUUUAGAAUUUUAUAGUUCUAGAAUCUUUUUUUCGAUGAACGUCACGCUGAUGUAUACACAGAAAGAAUAAUAACUAUCGAAUCUAGCAACUGCAAGUCUUGUCUAGUUGCAUCUUGAAUCUAGAUUCUAUAUGUCGAGUCUAAAUUCUAGAUCUAGAACUAAGGUGACGUAAAUGUUUUUAUUUUAUCGAAUUAUCCUUAAGUAAUCAUUAUUAAUAUUCAUAUUAUAAUCAUUCUCCCAAAGCAUUUAGUGAACUUGACACGCCUUUUCAGUUAUUAAUUACUAAUAUUUUAUACAUUUUGUAUAUAUUUAUGUUAUGUCUAUUUGUAAGAAAAUAUAAUUAUUUUUUUAAAUUACUUAUUGUAAAAAUGUGAUAUGAAAACAACAAAUAUUAUCAGUUUUAUUGAAGUAAAUUACCGAUAUAAUUUUGCUGUAGCAUUAUAACAUUUAUUGAACAUAUUAUAUGAACUAUAGUUACAUUAAUUUAACAAUAGUUUUUAUUAAUUGUUAUUGUAUAGAUAUAAGUUUUUUUAAAAUAAAUCAUUACAUUAAUAAUGACUUUUUUUAAGAGAGCCUUUGUCAGUCGUUGAUAAUGUAGCUUUUCAUUGGUGAAACUAUUUUAAAAAUUAGUCCUGUCUAACAAAGAUGAAUUGAAAGGCGCCUUAAAGUCUUAGGGUCAAUUUCAUCCAAUUCUAACAAAAGUUUUUCUAUUUCAAUAUAACCAUAAUCUAUAUAUAUAUAAAA